CCCUCUCUCUCUCUCUCUCUCUCUCUAGAGCAGUGUGUGUGUAACCAGCAUCCUGUAAUCGGGUCACAUUUCAGUGAAGCCUCAGCAUCCAUCUCUUGCUGUUAGGAGGAACAGAUCCUCUGACUCGGUGUCCUCUUGCGGAACCCUGGUUACCGGACAUCAUGGUGCUCUUGUGUCUUGUCUCUCUUCUCCUCCCGAUCCUGGUGCUCUCGGGGUCUCCGGUUCAGGCGGACGGAAAGCGAGGUGGCAAAGAUGCGGUUCAGAAAAGCGGCAAUUUCAUGGAAGACGAGCAGUGGCUGGCCACCAUUUCCCAAUACAGUCGCAAGAUCAAACACUGGAACCGAUUCCGAGAUGAUGAUUACAUCAGAUCAUGGGAUGAAAACCAAGGCUCAAAUGAAAAUGUAGAUACCACUAAAGACCCCUGUCAGAAGGUGAAGUGUAGCCCACACAAGGUGUGUGUUGCCCAGGGCUAUCAGCGUGCUGUGUGUGUCAACCGUAAGAAGCUGGAGUACAGGCUGAAGCAUCCAGUGGUGGGUCAGCAGGAGAACAACUGCAAACCGUGUCCUGUGUCCACAUCUGGGCCUGUGUGUGGUUCUGAUGGACAUAACUACGCUUCUCAGUGUAAGCUUGAGCAUCAGGCCUGUCUCACAGAGAAAGAGCUAAGUGUGAAGUGCACUGGUCCCUGCCCAUGUUCCACUACAGCUGUGCCGAGUACAGUGGCAGACAGUAAACAUGACAGUUGUACAGGCCAGGACCUGGCAGAUCUGGGUGAUCGUCUGCGGGACUGGUUCCAGCUGCUUCAGGGCAGUGCCAAGCAGAACAACACACGCAAGCCUACUGCAGCCACCUCAGCAUCAAUUUUGGACCGCACUCUAGUGGCGACCUGUAAGGACUCCAUUGGGUGGAUGUUUUCGAAGUUGGACACUAAUAAUGACCUGUAUCUGGACCAGGCUGAGCUGGCUGCUAUUAAUCUGGACAAGUAUGAAGUGUGUAUCCGGCCCUUCUUUAAUUCCUGUGAUUCCUAUCGUGAUGGCAAAGUCUCCACAGCUGAAUGGUGCCUCUGCUUCUGGAGAGAGAAGCCUCCCUGCCUGGCUGAGUUAGAGAGGAUCCAAAUGCAGGAAGGAGCCAAAAUGAAGCCAGGUGCAUAUAUCCCCAGCUGUGAUGAGGAUGGUUAUUAUAGGAAGCUGCAAUGUGACCAAAGCAAGGAGGAAUGCUGGUGUGUAGACCAGCAUGGAGAAGAGUUAAUGGGCUCCAGAAUCCAUGGCAACUCUGACUGUGAUGAAGUGGCCGGCUACUCAGGGGAUUUUGCCAGUGGCGUGGGAUGGGAGGAUGAGGAGGAAAAAGAAGCGGAGGACACUGGAGAAGAGGCUGAAGAAGAGGAGGAGGAGACUGGGGAAAUGGACGAUGGUGGCUAUAUCUGGUAGACCAAAACAAAAUGGUUGCCUGGUCAAGAUAGCUUUACUUUGACCACUGAUUCAGAGGCAGCUCCAUCUCUUGCUGACACAAAAUGGUGGAAGCUGGAGGGUUGGACAAGUCUAUACUGCACUCCAAACAGCAUUGGCCAGGGAAAGUGGGGAAAGGGUUUGAGUUGUGAUAAUUGAAAAUUAUGGGUAUGGGAAAGAGUUUUAAAAGUGAUCUUAUAUAUACUUGUGAAACAUUUUUUGUUGUAUGUUCAAGAUUGUGAUCUGAUAAAGUUAAUAGCAUCAGCAAUCUUAAGCUGGAAUCUAGGUAAUUGAUAAUUGGGCAUUUUCUCUUUAGAUGAAUUGGAGCUUUGCAAAUGCUAUACAGCGUGCUUCAUCUCAUCACGUGACACAUCAUUUGUAUGCAAGAAGCAUAAACUAAAUGCACAUAUAUACAUAUAUUUGGAAACGUUACCUUUUAGUCUCAGACUUUUAUGGCUGCGUUUAGAUUUGAACUAAGACAGGCAAGUGAAAACGUAUGAAUGACUGAAUAUCUUGACCAUUGGUGGGUACACCAUUUACAGGUUUAAUUAACCCCAUAUAUUUUCACUGGUUAGAAUACAAGAAUAAAAAAUUCAAAAGCCAAAACUGCUCUGAAAACUAGCCACAAUUCCGUUACUCAUACAUUAUCUGUCCGUCAAGAGUUUCCGUCAUUGCAAGAUAUAGCAUGUCCUGUCCUUGUCUAUAAAUUUGUGCAACAUCAUAAUGCAUUUCUUGUUGGACAAAAUGUCAAUUGUAAUGCCAUGCUUUGCAUAGUCCUUAACAUAUUCUGCAUAUCACCUGUCUUACCUUUGUUACUCAAAAGAAGGUAUUUUCUUGUAUUUGACCAACUAAUGAAUCCCCUGAAUCUUCCGAGACCCAGCAACACUUUGUAAAAACAUGGUCUCCACUUUCAGAUUUUUAUAAAAUCAUAGAAUCUGCUCAAAAAAAGUAGGUUAAGGGAAAAUGCUUUAUCUCUGAGGAAUGUCUCAGUAAAUAUAUGUAUGAAUAGCAGUAUGGAGAAUAAGAUAUGCAACCCGUUGACAGCCAGGGGGACCUGUCUGUCUUUCUAUUUGUCUGUUGACUAAUCAGAUCCUCUCAUCAACCAUGGUGAAAUAGGAGUCUAUUGUAAUGCUCCUAAUUAUACAUAUUUUUGCUGCAAGGGUUUAUAGUUUUGGUUUACAUUGAAGAAAACUACAUUCACGUACCAAAUGCAUUCAGACGUUCUUGGUAUAAACGUUUCUGUCACCAGAUAAGACUUGUCUUACAAUGUUUCAGGCUGUCUAUGGUUUCAGGUCAUAUAACAGCGAGACGUCAGGCCCCAGUGAUUUCAUACACAUAAAAACAGGUCUUUUGGUGUAAACACUGUGCAGCUCGUAUCAUACACUGAAACAAUUACAAAGUACUCACUCCCUCUCGAGAGCACAACACUGUUUGAAAAUGCUUUUCUAUGCUCAGCACAAGACGCACAGGUAUUGUGCCUAAUCCAGGCAGAUCUUAAAUGCGUGUGAAUUACAGAUAUUAUCUGGUAUAGUAAUACAUUCAGACAAAUCCUGGCUGCAGGAUUGGGAAAUAAGAUAAGACUUUAUUAACCCCCAGACGGAGAAAUUUGGGAGUGUGAUGUAAUAGGAUGUAAUAUGCUUGUCUUCUCUUUAAAUCAACUGCAGAUAACAACUAGUUCUCUGUAAGAAAGAAUAAUAGGAUUUUUCUUUGUCAGUUGGAUUAAAGUUUUAAUCCAUGUCUUUAGAAUGCCUGUCACACAGUCUGACUGAGAGGAGAUAACCGUUUUUGUUUUCCUCAUGUGUAAGAGGUCAUCACCUCCGAGUAUGGAUUAACUUGCAUAUAAUUGUAUUGGCAUAUACAUUUAUCAGUGUAAAUAGUUGGAGUAUAAAGACACAGUGUAUUUGCCCUGGCAAUUGCAUUAUAUUUGCAUUUAGUUGCAUGUUUCUUUGUCCCAAUAUAUCAUCUUUUUGGCUCAGUAUAAUUAUGAUUAAAGGCAUUGGGCCCAAA